AGCGCUUUGCUGCGAUCAGUUUCAGUUUGGUCGAAGCUUAGUGAAGAUCGCAACUAAAAGCGACUUCAUCUCACAAUUCAUUUGAGAUUCUGUGUGCGUGUAUUUGUUGUAUUUUUAUUACUAAUUGUUAGUGUUUUUGUAGGGCUUUGAAAAUGAAAAUCCUCUUGGCGUUUUCACUUUUCAUUGCCGCCACUUUGGCCAACAAAGUGGGCAAUCCGGCACCGGGUGGACCCAAGAAACAUAUGGUCUGCUACUACGAUUCAUCGAGCUUCGUUAAAGAGGGCCUCGGCAAACUAAUCAUUGAUGAUCUUGAACCGGCACUACAGUUCUGCGACUACCUUGUCUAUGGUUAUGCAGGCAUUGAACGCGAUACACACAAAGCUGUCUCGCUCAACCAAAACUUAGACUUGGAUUUGGGUAAAGGUCUUUACCGCACCGUUACACGUCUAAAGCGCAAAUACCCGGCCUUGAAGGUGUUGCUUGGUUUGGGCGGUGAUAAGGAUAUUGAGACCAGUGAAGAUGCCAAGGAUUUGCCAAACAAAUAUCUCGAAUUGUUGGAGAACCCCGCUGGACGUGCGCGUUUCAUUAACACUGUUUAUGCUUUGGUGAAGACCUAUGGAUUUGAUGGACUCGAUGUAGCUUGGCAGUUCCCGAAGAACAAGCCAAAGAAGGUGCACAGCGGUUUGGGUAGCAUCUGGAAGGGUUUCAAGAAGGUUUUCUCUGGCGAUCAUAUUGUUGAUGAGAAAUCUGAGGAACACAAGGAACAGUUUACCGCUUUGUUGAGAGAUGUCAAAAAUGAAUUCCGUCCAGACAAUUUGUUGCUGUCAACCACUGUGUUGCCCAAUGUGAACUCAACGUUGUUCUAUGAUGUGCCAGCUAUUGUCAACUACUUGGACUUUGUAAACUUGGGUGUCUUCGAUUUCUACACACCCGAACGCAAUCCCGAAUUGGCCGAUCUGCCUGCACCACUAUUCGAUUUGCCCGAACGUAAUCCCCAAUUCAAUGUACACUACCAAGUACAAUAUUGGUUGCGUAGCAAUUGCCCCGCCUCCAAAUUGAAUGUCGGCGUGCCCGCUUAUGGACGCGUUUGGAAGAUGACCGAUGAUUCUGGUGAGACUGGCACACCACCUGUAGCUAAGGUUGAGAACGAAGCACCCGCUGGACCUAACACUCAAAUCAAGGGUCUCUACAGCUGGCCCGAAGUCUGUGCAUUGCUGCCGAACACCAAUAAUGCUUAUGGCAAGGGCGCUAAUCUGGCUCUGACCAAGGUUGGCGAUCCAACUCGUCGUACUGGCAAUUACGCCUACCGUUCCGACGAGAAGAGCAGCGGUCAUGGCUUGUGGGUGGGCUAUGAAGAUCCCGAUACCGCGGCAGAGAAGGCCGGCUAUGUGCGUCAAUUCAAUUUGGGUGGCGUCGCUCUGUUCGAUUUGUCUUUUGAUGAUUUCCGUGGUUCCUGCACUGGCGAUAAAUACCCCAUACUACGUGCCAUCAAGUACCGUCUGGUCAACUAAGAAAGCGCGGUGCGCAAGUCAUGUGACUCACUAAUUUUUGUUUAAACCACGUUUUACGAGUUUUGAAUAUUUGAUAAAAUUGAUAUUUUAGUUUUUAAAUUGGGUGUUCAUAAUUAAAAAAGUAAGAAUAUCGAAUCAUUCAUAACAUGUAGUUAAGUGUAUUUUAUAUAGAAAAUAUUAAAUUGCUUCCACUUAUUGCCAAGUUUUUCAAUGA